ACCAAUUCCAAUGAAGGGCCAAACUCAUCAGUGUGCUCUCCUCUGGGCUCUUAUUUCGAAACUCUCGCAGCGGAAGUGAGCGGGCUUCCGCUGCGGCUUUGACAGCGGCUCCGGUUUUGCCUCUUUGCUUUCUUUAUUCCUCCCUGCCUCCCGUUUCUUUCUGUUUAAAGAGCCUCACGCUGCCGUAUGUGUGUAUUUAUUUAUUUAUGCAUUCUCCCGGAAAGUAUUUAGUUUUUACUAUUUAGUCGUUCCUCAAAUGAGAAGACGGAAAAGAUGGAGCUCCACAUAUUAGAGCACAGCCUGAAAGUGGCGAGUAUAGAGAAAGAGGGGAUUCAGAUUUGCACUCACGGAUUAAUAAAACUCGCCUUCUUGGCCUCCAAGACCAGAUGCAAGUUUUUCAGCCUAACAGAGACCCCGGAGGACUACACCAUCAUUGUCGAUGAAGAGGGCUUCAAAGAGCUGCCCCAGUCUGACCACAUCAGUGUGGCGGACGCCACGUGGCUGGCCCUCAACGUGGUGUCCGGGGGGGGCAGCGCGUCCAGCUCUCAGCCCAUCGGCGUCACCAAAAUCGCCAAAUCAGUCAUCGCCCCCCUGGCUGACCACAACAUCUCCGUCUUCAUGCUGUCCACAUAUCAGACCGACUUCAUUUUGGUCCGAGAGCGGGACCUGCCCAUGGUCAUGCACACUUUGUCUUCCGAAUUCACUUUGCUCCGAGUGGUCAACGGAGAAACUGUGGCUGCUCACAACCUGGGAAUCACCAACGGCUUUGUGAAGCCCAAACUGGUGCCCCGCCCCAUCAUCCACCCCCUCUCCAGCCCCAGCAACAUGUUCUGUGUGACCAGCCUGGACCCGGACACCCUGCCCUCCGUCGCCACGCUGCUCAUGGACGUCAUGUUCUACUCUGGAGGACCCAAAGAGCCUAGAGCAUCCACAGAGGACUCCAACCACAUCCGCUUCUUCUCCUUCUCCCUCAUCGAGGGCUACAUCUCCCUGGUCAUGGAUGAACAGACCGCUCAGAGGUUUCCAAACAACGUGCUCUUUACCAGUGCCUCUGGAGAGCUUUGGAAAAUGGUUCGAAUUGGGGGGCAACCUUUAGGAUUUGAUGAGUGUGGUAUUGUGGCUCAAAUAUCCGAACCCCUGGCUACAGCUGACAUUCCGGCUUACUACAUUAGUACCUUCAAGUUCGACCAUGCCCUGGUCCCCGAGGAAAAUAUCCAAAGUGUGAUUGGAGCUCUGCGGACUGAGAGCACGUCGAAGUGAAGGAAGCUGGAGGAAACCACAAGAACGACCAUUUUUUCAACGUCACUUUCUUCAAACAUUUAUUGUGUCCAAAAAGUGCCAAGACCUUGUUAGCGGACUCCAGCGUGUGGGCUCAGAGAGGAGGCUCACUGCGUGGGGGUUUGUUAGGGAGGCUUUUGUUACUGGAUCACUCUCUCUCUCCAGCCCCCCCCCGCCCCCCCCUGGCGGCUCUUGCUUUAGUUUACACGUUUCUUUCCCUCUUUAAAGCUGCUUCUCCCCCCCCGACCCCCAGGAGCGCCGUACUGUAUUAGUUACAUAAUUCCUCUCAAGGAAGGAUGAUGAAUGUACUCUUGGAGAUGAAAUAAGUAUUCUAUAUAUUUAUAGUUUUCCUUUUUUUUUCCUUUGCUUCUCCCCCCCACAAGUCAUUUUCUCAGUGCCAUGAUGGUUGAAUGCCUAAAACUGAUGCCUUUGUCAGAAUACUACUUUUUGUGCAAUUGAAAAGACGGUUUUGAGGAGAGCCAGCCUGUUUGAUCGAUUCUUGUUCUUUGGUUUUAGCAACUGUUAAAUCUCUGUAAGCAGCUCAGACUGUGGGUGUCCCUCAGACUGAAGGCUGAUGAUGAAACAUGGAGUAAUCCCAGGUAGUGCACGUGUCCGGGAGCAUUCCCACAGUGAGCAGUCCGGCUGCAGGUCUCUGAACCCACCACCACCACAACUCCAGUUAGGCUUUGUUAUCAGUUCUUUGGCAUGCAGGCAGUAGCAUUAAUAACGGAUUUCUCUUUUUUUCCCUUAAAUUGAAGUAUUUGAUCUUUUGGGAUUCUAAAUGCGUUGAUGCUUGAUUCUCAAAUUGCUUUUAAAGUUGAAGCCUUUGGAAUUUCUUCCCUUCUAAUGGCAGGUCUAACUUCUCAGCGUUAAUGCUUUGCCAUGUGACUAUCAAAUGAUGAAUACGAUAAGUUUAAUGAUCCCCCACUGAAUGGCCCCCAUCCAGUCAGAGCCCCCCAGAGCUGGAGUCUCUGCUUACCUCCAUCAGGAGCUCUGCGGGGAUCAGUGGGACACAGCGGUCCUGUGGGGGCCCAGGGCCCGGAGCCCCCGGCUGGGAGGCCAGGCCUCCUGGGAACAGCU